AUGGUGGCAACGGAUAGCCACCUCGGGCGAGUGUACAUGGAGCGAGACCCCGUGCGGGGGAAAGACUCCUUCGCGGCCUUCGAAGAGAUGCUUCUCCUUGCAAAGGAAAGAAAGGUGGACUUCGUGCUGCUAGGAGGGGACCUCUUCCACGAGAACAAGCCCUCGCGGCGCACUCUGUACCAAACCAUGGACAUCUUGCGGCGGCACUGCAUGGGAGAUGAGCCCGUGAGCUUCCAGAUCAUCAGCGAGCAGGCGCACAACUUCAAGGACAGGUUCGGGCACGUGAAUUACGAAGACCCCUACUUUUCGGUGGGGCUCCCUAUCUUCAGCAUCCACGGAAAUCACGAUGACCCCACCCGUGAGGGGGGAGUGGAGGCCCUCGCGGCCCUCGACCUUCUGCACGUGGCCAACCUCGUCAAUUACUUCGGCAAGAGCAACAAGGUGGACGACGUGGAGGUCAACCCGAUCCUCAUCCAGAAAGGCUUGACCAAAGUGGCACUCUACGGGAUGGGGAGCAUGAGGGACGAGAGGCUCAACCGCAUGUGGCAGCAGAAGAAGGUCAGGUUUCUCCGCCCACUGGAAGACGACGGAGGCAAGGACUUCUUCAACGUUUUCGUCCUGCACCAGAACCGAGACCUCGGGCGGGGUAAGAAGAACUGCAUCCACGAAUCGAUGAUCCCCGAGUGGAUAGACCUGGUCAUCUGGGGACACGAGCACGAGUGCCAGGUCCUUGCAUUUGCUGACCCUUGGUUGUGUGUUCCGGGAGGAGGGGCGGAGAAGGGGGCAUCGUGUUUUCAAACUCAGCUCGAGGUUGAGCCGAUGGAAUCUCUGGUGGGAACAUUCCGCAUCUCCCAGCCGGGGUCCUCGGUGGCGACCUCCCUGUGCGAGGGCGAGGCCGUGCCGAAGAACGUGGGGCUGCUCGAGAUCAGGGGGAACGACUUCCGCCUUCAGGCGGUCCCGCUCUCGCAGGUUCGGCCGUUCCGCAUGGGGGAGAUCGUUCUCAGCGAGGUGGACGGGCUUGACUCAAAGGGCGCCAACGUUGACGAGGCGGUGGGUGAGGCGCUUGCCAAUCAGGUGGAGCAAAUGGUAGAAGAGCUGCGCAAGGAAGACGAGGAGCUCGCCCUGACACCCCCAGAGGGGCAGGAGUACAAGAUAGAGAAGAGAGAUCAAGUCUUGGUGCGCCUGAAGGUGGAGCACUCGGACUUCCCGACCCUCAACAACCAGCGCUUUGGCAGCCAGUUCAUGGGCAAGGUGGCGAACCCCUCCGACCUUCUUCUCUUCUACCGGCGGCGAAAUGCGGGCGGGGGUGCCGCGGGGGAUUCGGCCCUGGGGGGGGGCAAGUCGUCCCGUUCGGGUGGCCUCUCGGACCCGAUCCGCCCGGACAACUUGGCCGAUAUUCGCGUCGAGGAUUUGGUGACUGAGAAUCUGGAGAACGCGGACAAGAAGCUGUCCCUUCUGGUGGAGCCGAAGCUCAAGAUGGCUCUCGAGGACUAUGUCUACAAACAGGACGCACAGGCAGUGCCGGACAUGGUGAAGGAAGCUCUCGAGGGCACGCAGAAGGCCCUUCGGAAGGAGAGGUCCGCCGGCACCGCGGCCUUGAUCGACGACGCUGUUUGCAAGCGAAACGAGAAAGAACGGGGGGAGCUCGAAGCUGAGAGGGUCAGAAACGCCGAGCGAGCCAAGGCUGCAGCCAAGCGUAACGCUCCCUCUUCCGGGACGGGAGGAGGAAACAGCAACAACGGCCGCGGCAGCAGCAACGUCCCUAGCGAUAUCGACGACGAUGACGACGACAUGGGUAUGCCUCCGGCGCCGGCGGCCGGAGGUACGAGCACCCGAGGUGGAGGAGGUCGAAGCGGAGGCGGAGGGAGUAGCGAUCAAGGCGGCGGCGGCGGCGGCAAGGGCAGGAGAGGGGCGGCGGCGACGGCUGCUGCUGUCAACGCUGAUGAGGAGGAGGAGGAGGAUGACGAGGAGGAGGAGAUGGUGGGGGCCGUGGCGAAGAGGCGUGGUGCAGGGGGGAGGGGGAGGUCGGCGGCGUCGCAGGCGGCAGCCAUCGACCUAGCAGACGACAGCGACAAGGACGAUGGCGACGACGAUGACGACGAUUUCGACCAACCCAGAAGCAAAACGUCCUCCAACAAGCGGGGGAGUGCGUCCAGCGGGGGUAGGGGAUCGAGAGCUGCUGCUCCCGCCGCAGCAUCCACCGCCACCAGCAGUCGACGGCGGGGGGCGGCGGCGGCGGGGGUGGCAGCGCAGAAGCCUGCGGCGGCGGGACGAAGACCCAGCGCCCGCGGGGCCGGGCGUGCUAGGGUUAGCUACCGGGAGGAUGACGGGGAUGACAGCAGCGAGCUGGACGAGGUGGCGCCGAGGAGAAGGAGGGGCGGCGGAGGCACCGACAGCUUCAACCCCGUCGAGAUCGAUGAUGACGAUGACGAGGAGUUCGUGGGUGACGAUGAUGGCGAUGAAGCGUCGGAGUUUGAGGCGGACGAGGAGGAGGAGGCGGUGGGGAGGGGGAGGGGCAAUAAGAGCAAGCGCAAGGGGGGGGGGGGGCCCCCGAAACGAGCCGCCAGGUCGUCCCGAGCCGCCCCGGGGACGACAUCGCGCGGAAGGAAGCGCCCUGCCGCGGCCGCCGCUGCUUCUGCGGGGGAUUCUCAGGUGUCGGAGGCAUCGUCGGCCGUCGGCGGGAGGGGCGGGGCGAAGAAGCGGCGGCUGCCGGCCUGGGCGACGGCUUCGGCCGGCGGCAGCAGCCGCAGGGGUCGAGACGACGAUGAUGACGUCGAGGAGGUGUCCAGCGCCAUCUCUGCGUGGGGCUCUGCACGCUGA